ACUACGUAUGAAUCAGUGCAAGUAGGAAUUCUGUGUGGCGCAAGAAAGGUUUCGGUCUUAUCAGGAAUCGAAAUCGGAACUCCCGUCACGUUAUAUUGGUUAGCAUUCAAAUGAAAGAAAUGUAUGUAAAGAUAAUUCAAAGAAACGACAAUCUCACCUGUUGAUCACUUAUAUACCGAAGUAAACGCAUUUUGCCCCAUCUGUUGAGCAAGUAACACGUUUUGUUGGACAGGCGCAAUUCUGUCCCAUCACGAGCCCACUGAAUCAACAAGUAUAAUUGAUUGUUUCUUCGGUUACUACGUUACGUUGGCAGCUAGUUGAAUAGAAGUAAACAACCUUGACAAGAAGAAAAGGAAAUUUUCUCUGGAGUACAAUUUUCGAGUAUUGAAUUCGGAAAAUUUUUGGAAAGAAACAUCUGCAUCAAAGAUGGAUAUUGAGUACGCGUAUAACAAGGAACGUCGUGACUUCGGCCGCCAAUGUCUGUUUUCGGACAAGAACAAAGUCGAGUUCUCGGAACCAGCCAAUCAUGAAUACUUCAAGGAUUACAUUCUCCGUGAUCCUGUUCACCUUGGAACACAGUACAGCCGUCAAAUGGCCUUGAGUGAAAUAAAUACCGAGAGUGCGGAAUACGAGAAUCGUGGAAUACUGCACUCGGAAGGUGGGUGGCCGAAGGAUGUGAACUAUCUGGAUCCCGAGCAGACUGUUCGAUACCGUAGAAAGAUUGAGAAGGAUGAAAACUAUGUGACUCAGCUAACAGCACUUACAAAGCCUAUGGAGCACUAUAUCUAUCAGAACAAUGCGGUGAAUAUUUACGAGAGUUACUUCGAGGGUUUGGAGCCGGCCCCUUUGAUGGAGAAAAGCAAUUCGAGGACUUUGAAUGUUUACAGAGAUCCAUCGAUCUACAAGCAACCGGUGACCCAUUUAUCCUGGUCGCCAGAUGGAGGUUCGAAGAUAGCUGUGUCACAUUGUAAUAUGAAUUUUCACGAAACAACCGGGAAGGCCGUAUGUUCGUAUAUUUGGGAAACGGAGAAUCCAAACGCUCCACUGCUGAGAUUUACUCCGCACAGUUCUAUGGUUUGCUUGGAAUACAAUCAAAAAGAUCCCAGUACUCUCGUUAGUGGUAUGUAUAACGGACAGGUGGCCGCAUGGGAUACGAGGAACGAAAAGGCGCCAGUUAUGAUAAGCGCGCGCGAGUUUUCUCACCGAGCGCCGGUUAAUUCUGCUUUAUGGAUAAAUUCAAAAAGUGGCACCGAGUUCUUUUCCGGAUCAUCUGACAGCCAGGUCAUGUGGUGGGAUACGAGGAAACUUUCGCAGCCAAUUGAUACUCUUCUAAUGGAUCCUAUCAAAUCGGAUGAGCAGGACUUAUCCCGUUCCUACGGAGUUAGCUGUUUGGAGUAUGAAACUUCGAUACCAACAAGAUUUAUGUGUGGAACCGAACAAGGAAUGUUGUUCUCUUGCAAUAGGAAGGGUAAAUCACCACAGGAGAAAAUCGUGUUCAGGCUCCAAUGUCACACUGGACCAAUCUACUCUCUCACACGUAAUCCGGCAUUCGUUAAAAACUUCCUCACGAUAGGAGAUUGGAUUGCGCGCAUUUGGUCGGAAGAUUGCCGAGAGAGUUCAAUCAUUUGGACGAAGCAUCAUAAUGUCAUGUUAACGGAUGGUGUAUGGAAUCCCACACGGUACUCUAUAUUUUAUGUAAGCCGCGUUGAUGGUGUUCUCGAUGCGUGGGAUUUGCUGCAACAGCAGAGUGAGCCGAUUCUGAGCAUCAAGGUGUGUGACGAAAGUUUGAAAUGUUUGCGGGCUCAUGAAACGGGAUAUUUGGUGGGAGCGGGUAGCAGCAAAGGAGCCACUUUUUUGUUGGAAAUGUCCGAUAACAUGACCUCGAUCAAAAAUGACAAACCAUUGCUAACGGCGAUGUUAGAACGUGAAAAUCGUAGGGAAAAGAUUCUGGAAGCUAAAUCGAGGGAGAUGAAACUCAAAGUGCGUACGUUACAUCGACAAGAAGACGUUGUCGAAGAGAAACCUAAAUUGUUCCAGUGUAAAUCUGCGUGUGAUGCUGCUGAGCAAGAAUAUUUCCAAGUCCUGGAGAAGGAGAGAAAAGCAAGAUCCCCCGAAGAAUAUGACCAAGAAUAUGAUGCUCGGAAAAUUGCGGAACAAGUAAAAGAUGACGUUUCAGAUGAUGAAUUUAAAGAAUAAGGAAUGUCUCUUUCUUCAACAAGCUAGAAUGUAGCUCAUUUACAUGGGUCGAUUAAAAAUGCGAACAAUUAGCAUUGUCAUCUAAUAUAUUGCCUUUAAAUAAAUUAUCCA